AUGGGUAAAACCAAGAAGAGAAGUAGAGAGAAGGAUUCGGAGGAAAAAAUUCUCAAAAAACUGAGAAAGCUUGAGGAGAAAUUAGGACGAAGACGGAUCGCCUUCGAAGAAGGCCCAGAAGAGCCAGUCCUCCAAAAGGAGAAUCGUCCAGAUAACCUCUCUGUACCUUCCACGUCAAGUGACAUAACCAAAGACCAUACUAACGUACCGGCUUUGGGCGAGCUGUCACAAAUACCGGACCCUGAGAUUGCAGAGAUAUAUUCCGGAAUUUUGGAAGGAAAAUCAGAGGUUAGCGACACGGUAGUCGGAACUAAACAACUGGACGAAGAAACUAAGAAAGUCCUCGGGAUAGAUCCAGAAAAUGCAAAGCAGAAAGAGAUCGACCUUCAUCCAGAUCUGGUUUCCAGAUGGGCCAAAUGGAUCAAAGAAGGUUUGCCCAAAGAAACUAAAACAGAAGUUUUAGAUAAAUAUGAUAGGAAAGGAACUCUUUCCUUGGAUGCUCCCACGUUGAAUGCAGAAAUUGCAGCUACGUUAAACGAAGCCGGCACUAAACGAGAUAACUUGUUCAUUCAAGAACAAAAUUUGGCCGGAACAGCUCUCGCAUCGUUGGGAGAAGCAAUUUCGAUGAUCCUGAAGGACGAGGAGGAUCCUAUAGACAGACUGAAGCUGCUAGAACGCCUAGCUGAUACUGGAAAAUUGAUAGCCCACCUUUAUUUCCAGAUUUCUUCGGCUAGGAAGGCUUUUAUUGCUCCUAUAUUGACAAAGCAAGUAAAGGAUUUGCUUCAAAAAACAACCCCGGGAGAAUUUCUCUACGGCGAUAAGCUAGGAGAAGUACUCGGGGCGCCCUUUAAACUGGAGAGGCCCUUCCUCGAGAUCGGGAACAGCGAGUCAGGGCUACAAGUCACAGAAGUUCUCGAAGAACCAACAACAAAACAGGGCGAAACAAACCCCGCAAGCCAAGGUUCAAUCCACGCAACCGGAGAAACAAUAAAUUCUGAAAACGUCCUUGACGCAUCCUCUGGCGAAUCACCUUUCCCUGGUUGCAGGAACCUUAUGCGGAUAGCAUACAGGAAGAAAAGUCUACCCGAAGAGGCCAUCGAUAUUUUAGUUUCUUCUUUAACAGCCUCUACCUUACGACAAUACGAUUCUGGAUUAAAAAAUUGGUGGAAUUUCUGCAGAGAACUUAAGCUAGAUCCUCUUCAGGCAGAAACAAAUGCAGUUCUACAGUUUUUAUCUCAACGUUUUAUCAAGGGAGCUUCCUAUGGCACUCUCAACACCGAGAGAGCGGCGAUAUCACUUAUAAGUACAAACGAUUCCGUAAAUAAUCCAGUAAUGACCCGGUUUUUCAAAGGAAUUUUUAAAUUAAGACCUACUAAACCAAAAUACGAUUCAAUUUGGGAUAGUGAAGUAGCCUUAAAGUGGGCAGAAAAUACAAGACAUGCGGCGACCUCGACAGCAGACGCCAAAGGAUUAGACGUAAAUAUCAUUCGGAAAACAGCUAGCUGGUCAGAACAAUCCAAGAUGUUCGCUAGAUUCUACAAAAGACCGAUUUUAACCGACCAUGCAAAUUUUGUGGCAGUAGUUCUGGGCGACGACUAG